AUGCAGCGUGCGAUGAACAGCGGAGCUCAGACCUUCUUGGUGCACCUGUACGAGGUGGCAGCUUCCGAGAAAAUCGCGGACAUCGACACCCUCUGCGCGGCAGUCCCCGAGGAAUUGGCGGGCAUCAUUCGGAAGUAUCCCGAAAUUUUCGCGGAUGACCUCCCGGAUGGCUUGCCCCCCCAACGACCUGAGGAUCAUCGGAUCCAGCUGGAGCCAGGAGCGCAACCUACUGUUCGGACACAGUGGCGGCUCAGCCAACCAGAGCUCGCCGAGUUGCGGGCCCAGCUGGAUUACCUGCUCGCCAAGGGAUUCAUCCGGCCAAGCACGUCGCCGUAUGCAGCGCCGAUACUGUUCACGCCGAAGAAGGACGGGGGCCUACGCAUGUGCAUUGAUUAUCGGGCGCUGAAUCGGGUCACGAUAAAAUCGCGUUACCCGAUCCCGCGAACCGACGAUCUGCUGGAUCAACUUCGCGGAGCUCGGUAUUUUUCGAAAAUCGACCUGCGAGGAGGCUACCACCAAAUUCGCGUGUUCGCCGACGACUGCCCGAAGACAGCAUUCCGCACACGUUACGGCAGUUACGAGUUCACAGUGAUGCCGUUCGGUCUGACAAACGCGCCCUCGACGUUCCAGCUCACCAUGAACGGGAUUUUUCGGGACAUGCUGGACAAGAAAGUCAUCGUGUAUCUGGACGACAUCCUGGUGUACAGCGCAACAAAAGAGGACCAUCUGCGGGAUUUAGAGGAGGUGUUCCGGCGUUUACAGGGGCAUCGGCUGAUUACGAAGGGGUCUAAGUGCGAAUUUCUGAAGCCGGAAUUGGAGUUUUUGGGGCACGUGGUUUCCGGCGACGGGAUAAAAAUUGACCCGCGUAAGGUCGAUGCCAUCGUUAAGCGGACACCGCCUACUAAUAUCCCUGAGUUGCAAAGCUUUUUGGGGUUUGUUAACUACGUUCGUCGUUUUGUACCUAAUAUGGCAGGGAUAACCAGGCCACUGACCGACCUGCUGCAUCACGACAGUGAUUUUCGGUGGGGGGAGAGGGAGCAGUCCGCCUUCGACGCCCUCAAAAACAUUUUGAAGUCACCCCCGGUUCUCCGCCUCGCCGACCCAUCUCGACCGUUCGAAGUCGUCACGGACGCCAGCGAUUUCGCCGUCGGCGCCGUCCUGCUACAGGACUUCGGCCAAGGGCUGCAACCCAUCGCCUACGAAUCACGCAAGAUGCAGCCACCCGAGCGCAACUACCCAGUCCACGACAAGGAGAUGCUGGCCAUCGUCCAUGCAUUCCGCGUCUGGCGCUGCUACCUUACGGGGGCCGACGUGACCAUUCGGACCGACCACAAAUCGCUACAGUACAUGCGCACGCAACCGACACUCAACCCGCGACAAAUCCGGUGGUUGGACUUCCUCGAGUCCAAUUUUCGGUACACCAUCACGUACAAAAAAGGCGCCAACAACAUCGCCGACGCCCUCACCAGACCAUCAAUGCAAAACGCGGCGAUACUAAUCGCCCACACCAACCCGAUGCUGACGGGACUAUUCACCCACGGCUACAAGAUCGACAGGUUUUUCCGAAACCCGCAACAACAGGCUGCUACACCGCACGGCAAGUACUACCUAAAAGCCGGUACGAACCGGAUUUGGGUACCAGCAUACCAGCCUUUACGGGAGCUGCUGACGCAGGAGGUUCACGACUCCAACCUUUCCGGACAUUUCAGCAUCGACAAAACACUGAAGCUGCUGCAGCGGAAUUAUUACUGGCCGGACAUGCUCACCGAUGUGCAGCGCUACGUGUCAACUUGCCCGACCUGCCAAGCAAUGAAGUCGUCGCGACAAAGGCCAGCCGGACUACUGCAACCCCUGGCGCCACCCGAGCGACCGUGGCAACAAGUGACGAUGGAUUUCGUCACGGGGCUUCCAGCUGGCGUGAGUGGUAACGACUCGGUCAUGGUCGUCGUUGAUCGCCUCACGAAAAUGGCGCAUUUCGCACCAUGCCGAACGACAAUCACAGCCGAAGAUACAGCAAAGCUCUUCAUCUCCACCGUCGUACGCCUACACGGGUUACCUUCGGCGAUCAUCAGCGAUCGAGAUCCGAAAUUUACGUCGAAGUUCUGGCAGGAGACGUGGGCACACCUACUGCGGCACUAUGCGCCGCCGCAGUCGCCAGCUGUUGCCCAGCCCCCCAUCGCACCGACCGAUCGCCCCGUGGCCGAGCCCACGCUGGAACCUUGGAAGAUUCUCAACCAUCGCGUGGAUGUCACUGCUGCCGGCCGCACAGUAAAAAUCCUGCUUCGUUGGAAGGAGCGCACGAGCGAGGACGACACGUACGUCGCCGCGGAUUCGCUAUUGGGACAUCCGGUUUUGGAUGCUUAUUUAGCCCGCCGUGGUGUCUCGGAUAUUCACCACCUUUCUUAA